UACCCUUUUUCUCUUUUACAGAUAAAAUAUUGUGUAUAUUUCUUGUAUGUUUUGUGUCUAUCUUGUAUUUCAGGUGUCGUUGGUGGUCCAUGGGAUGUCUCCUAUGCUUUGAGCUUCUGUGCUUUAAAUGGGUCGUCAGUGACCAUUCCCUGCACUUACAAAUAUCCCCAAAAACAAACUGUGAAACAAGUAUGCUGGUACAAGAAAGAAAAUACAGACCUGAGUCAAAGUAAACAUUUUAAAGACAGAAUUCAGUAUCUUGGGGAUACAAAGAAUAACUGCACACUGAGAAUGAAUGCUCUGAGAGAGAGUGACGCCAAAGAAAAAUAUAACUUCUGGUUUAAAACAAAUCAAGAUAGAUACGCUGGGGCAGCUGUGACUCUGAUUAUCACAGCUCUGCAGGUGAAGAUACGUCCUACAACCGUGACAGAGGGACAGAGUGUGACACUGACCUGCACCAGCACCUGCAGUCUAAGCAGCCCCUCCUACAUCUGGUACAAGAACAGUCUGCCUGUGUCAACCAAGCUCACACCGGGCAACAACACCCUCUUCUUCAGGGCAGUCCACAUCGCAGAUGCAGGCAGAUACGUCUGUGCUGUAGAAGGUCACGAGGAUCAUCUAUCCAGUGCAGUGACGCUCAGUGUUAGGUAUGCACCAAGGAAUACCUCAAUAUCAGUCACUCCCCCUGGUGGUGAUAUACUAGAGGGCAGUUCAGUGACUCUGACCUGUGGCAGUGAUGCCAACCCACUAGUGCACAACUUCACCUGGUACAGGAAGACUGGAGAUGAAACCUUACAGAUAGGAUCGGGACAGAAUUACAGCUUCGCCAGAAUCCACUCUAAGUGCAGUGGACACUACUACUGUCUGGCAAAGAAUGAUGUUGGAAGUGACCAGUCUUUAUCCCUGCUGGUGGACGUCAAAUAUGCUCCAAGGAACAUUACAGCAUUGCCCAGUCCCUCCGUGACUAUAAUGGAAGGUGCUUCAGUGACUCUGACCUGCAACAGCGAUGCCAACCCACCUGUGCACAACUACACGUGGUACAAGAAGUAUAGAAGUACUGAAUCCAGCCUGAUUGUAUCAGGACAGAAGUACAGCAUCUCUCACGCCAGGCCUGUACACAGAGGCCGGUAUUAUUGUAAGGCAGAGAACAAAGUAGGAGCCACUGCAUCUACAACUCUUCAUGUACACGUGCACAAGCCCCCACUGUGGGGGUCCAUAGGAGCGCUGUUAGCACCUAUACUCAUCCUCAUGGCUGGCACAGUGGCAGUGUGUCUCAGUGUGUGUUGGAGAAACACGGAAACUAUAGCAGCAGAAGAUGACAGUAUGACACACAGUGAAAAGGAAGACUCCGGUCCCAUUUACUGCAACAUUUCAGCAAUGCCCACAGCCCCUGGCAAUGCCUCUGGCGCAGACGCAGGAGAUGGCGAUGACGUCCAGUACGCCACUGUUCGGUUUACCCACAGCACAACACAGGAUGGGACGCCGCAAGGCUGUGCGAGCGAAGAUGAUGUGGAGUACGCCACAGUGAACUUUUCCGUUCUCACUACUACUGAUGCCCGGUAAGUACGUUCUCACUGUUGGUGCACUUUUUGGGAAAUUAGUAUGUACUGUGUGGUGGGAAUGUGCUGCAUGGAGUACAUACUGAGCCGAUGUCCUGUAUUCCCACCACACAGUUCCAGUGAUGG